AUGUCAGCAGAGAACACUACAGAGUUGGUUAAAUACCUUGAGAAAACUCCAAGCCAGCCAUUUCUGCCUGCAAUUCCUAAUGUGUCUGGAAGCAGAGUGAAUUCCCUGGAAGACCGGAUAUCUAAUCAGGAGCGUACCACUGCUGUUCUUCUGGAUCAGGCAUUUCGGAUCAGGGAUGGCAUUGUUUCAUGCCUUCAGGGAAAUAAAAGCUUUCAGCAAGGGGAGGCAGCAGCCCACCAGCUAUUGGAAAAUCACAUCCAGACAAUCACAAGUAUUGUUAAAAAGCUGAGCCAUGACAUAGAGGAGUUGGAAAGACAAAUAAAAACCAGAGACGAUGUAACAUCAGGAACUAAUUUUGCUAUGCAAAGUCUGGACCAUAAACACCUGCAGGGAGUUGGGGACCUACGUGGAAGAGUGGCAAGAUGCGAUGCUAGCAUUGCCAAACUCUCUGGAGACAUCAGUAUCACCAGGCAUGAGAUUUCAAAACUAGAGAAAGAAAUUCAUGCUGUCCAGUCUUCCUUGGACAAUUAUGUGAAUAAUGCUGAGAUGAAGGUAAUGCAGCUUUUAGGCAAGAUAGAGACUUCAAACUCAGAGCAAACUUCAAAUUUAAAGGCAAUACAGGGGGAUCAGCACCAUGAAUUGCAGCUCUUGGACUUCAAGAUAAAUGGUAUUUUAAAUGAUUUUAAGGAUCAAAUUCAAAACCAACGAAAGUGGAUCGAAAGUGAGUUGAGGAGAUCUGAACAAGAACAAGUCUAUCUCACGAAUCAGCUUUUUGCCACAAUGAAGGACAGACUGGAAAUAGCGGAAAAGAAAAUGGAAGAUGGGUUAUAUUAUGUCUCCAAAAGAGUAGAAAACACAGAAAAAACAUUGCAGUUUGAUGUGGAACUCAGCCAGGUGAAAAAUGAUCAAAAUAAACUCCAUGCAAAGAUUACUAGAUUUGAAAAGCUGAUGUGGAAUGAACUGGAAGAAAUGCAAAAUGAAUACAGAUCAGGAUUUCAGUCCAUCCGUGACUCUCUUGAUGCACUUAAACAAAUACAGACAACAAAGCUGAAACUUGAAGAAGAGAAAUUCAAGCAAGAUAUGAAAAAGCUACGACGAAAACUCACUGAACAUCAAGACUAA